AUGCUUCCUCCUCCCGAACGCGCGAUUUCGCUGGCUACUGCAUAUUGCGAGGGCCGCAUUAUGAUCAUCAGCGGACCCGGACUAUUCGAACAACGCUUGAAGACCUGUGAUUGGGAAAUGUCACGCACCCGGUUUGUCAUCCAUAUGCAUCACAUUCUUCCACGCCAAGAACAACAAGUCGCCAACAAUCAUCGACCACGACGCAAUCCCGGAUCACGCCAUCACAAAUACAUGCAGCUACAACUAGAAGCAUCCCUCUCCUGCGCUCACUCUAGCACGCGCCUCUGUACGGCUUCACGAAACCUAUUCCAGCGCUCCGCUUCCUUUGCUGUCAAAGCCCCAACCUCUUUACCAUUGGCCUGCCAAUCGUCAAAACCUCGCCACCUUGGCCAUCUCUAUACACCACGCCUACAUGGGCUCUCCGCCGGCAUAAGCUUGCUCCUUCUCUGUGGCAUUGCUCCGAAGGUAGAGCGACCAGAGAUUGAUCUCGUGGGCGUGUGCAAAGCCUCUCUCUGGCGCUUGGAAGCUGGGAUACCCUUGGAGCAAGUUCCGAAAGCGCUUGCUAUGACCGUCAAGCACCCCAUGAGACUUCUCCAAGCUACUGUUCAGGGCCGGGAGAGCAUUCCAGGCAUUUUGAAGACAAUUUCAUUCUAUGCGGGCCAGAAGAGUAUGCGAAAUGGUAGAGAGUCGAGAAUCAUAAGCGCCGGAUUGUCCUUGCGGGUCGUGUCCGUAAUCACGCGGCGACGAGAGAAGAAGGUGCGCAUGCGGUGCGUGCCGAAGAUUGCUGGCAGCACGCACUUGCUUGGCCGGCGAUCGACAGAAGCCCGGUUGGUGUUGCUCUCAUCAAUCCACAAGACUCUAGAAGCUAGUGCGAAGACCAGCAGCAUUGUUCUUCGAAUCACGGAAGAAAGCUAUGCCAACAUCGUCGACCACUUUCAGCAUUUGGCCCAACAGUUGACAACGGUUGUUGCGGGGAUGUGCCUCCAGGCAAGAAGCUGGAACAGUCACCAAUCGCAAAUGAUACUCGCUCGACCUGACACUGGCGAUAACGCUGGUCGUGUUGGCGAGGUCGAGGAAGCUCGUGCUAGCGUUUCCAAAGUCCGCACAAGGAACAGCGGCAGCCCGAGUGCACAGUACCAGGCAGUGAGCUUGCGGACGGAGAAGACCAAGCCAGAAGGUCCAGUGGAGCAUUGCCGGGCGAUGGAUAGGCCAGAGUGGAAUCGGCAGGGUAAUGCCGAAGCGCAUAAAGGUCUGAACGAGGAAUCUUGCUGCCUGGGUGGCGCAGGAUUUGAGAAUGCUAGGCUGGAGGCGGCGGAUGAGCUGAUCAAGCUGGGAGCUGGGGCCGAGGAAGAGGGCGCAGAUGAGAAUGAGGAACAAAUGAAGGCGAGAAGAAGCAUUGGAGAGCCGGAAGUGAGCAAGUGGCAUGCCAUUGCGAUGGAGUUGGAAAGCCCGAACAAUAAGAUGUUGAUCGUAGGAAGCAUAAUGCUCGCUAUGGCUAUGGUCGAUCAGGAGCGGAGUGUGGAUGAAGGAUUGUCGUUGCAAGAGGAGGAGGAGGGAAGCGGGAAGAAAGAAACGGGUCGACCUGCAGUUGAAUGCCACCCUACCGCAAACGACCUUGUGCUGACUUUGCCAUGUCGCGUCGUCGGUCCGACAGGCAUCGCGUUGGCGUCCCGCAUACGAUGCAUGAUACCAUACUGCACAAUACGCGAUCACAUGUUGUUGACGAGGUUGAACAAAAUCCCAGAGGAAGAGCCGCGGAUUAUCGGCACGGCCCGCUCCUCGCGUCAGCCGCGUCGUCCUUCAUCUACGAACGACAUGCGCCGACUUCAUUCGGCGCGCGCAUUGAAAUGCAUGCCGGUAGCCGCUGUGCGGUGCAGUGCACUGCUGAUGCCCCCUGACCGCCCACCGCCCACCUGUCGACAUUUUCACGACAACGAAAUGCCUCCUCGCACGCAUACGCCUCGAUCGCUGCCACUCGGCACACGAAACAAGAUGUUCACGUUCUCCGAUGGCCAUACCGACUACAUCUCAUCACCCUCCGCGUCUGAGUCUGAGUCCGGGUCUGAGUCCGCCAACCCUUCUUCCGCACUACUCAAGUCCAGGUCUCCGGCAACAGUGAAGAGAUGGCCGGCCAAGAGUUCUCUUGUGGGAACCUCUUCCGAAGAUAGAGAGCAGGAUGGAGAGGAAGAUGAAGAGCAGGAGGGAGGGGAAGAGCAGGAUGGCGAGGAAGAUGAAGAGCAGGAUGGCGAGGAAGAUGAAGAGCAGGACGGCUUGGACUCUGUAGACUCUGCGGAGAGCGGUGAGGAUGUUUCGGACAGCGAGCAAAGCGAGGGUUCUGCAUACGCCUGUUCAGAUCCACUGGCCAGCGAGGGUGAUGAUUCCGAACAUGAGGCUGACGAGCUUGUGGAGAAUGAGGGCAACGAGGGCAAUGUCCCUAAUGACAAUGAUCACAUGAGAGCAGGCCCGCGGGGCAGCGAUGGGUACGUUUAUGGAAAUACUGCCUUUUCCAGGAGUGCAGCCUCCGGCGAGAAAUCGGUCGCGAAUGUCAGGCCGCUCGUGCCAUUCUCUCAAGCAUCUGCGAACCCACCUGCCUUGAAGAGAGUUACGUUUCAGGACACGAGAUCAUUGCCAAAGAGGAAGAAUCCUCUGCGAAAUCAGCAACUUACCGCUGGGCCAGACAGAAGCGAGGCAAAGAAGCAACUCCUUCACCAUGUUACUUCGAAAUCAAAGCCGAGAUCAUAUGCGAAUACAUCAUCUUCGUCUGGAAUGAAAACGACCUCUUCGCCGCUGACCUCUCCGAGUUCAAAACGCACCUAUGAGCUUCAUUUCCAAAAGCCCUCUGAUCUUGCUCGACUGAAGUCCAUCUUCACUUCCCGGUACCAGCGAAUUCCUUCAUCUGGUGCCGGUUUCCUCUGCGGUGCGGAGGCCAUGCACUAUCUUCUGGCAUCGAAGAAUCACCAAGGCAUCACCAAGACCUCGACGGCACAAACCAUCAGAAAUCUCGUAGCUGAUCAUGGCUCUUUUCAUUUGUCCAAGUCUGAGCGCUACGGAGACGACGACUUGAGGUCUCCGGCGACCAGGAACUUUCUGUACGACCAAUUGGCAGCAGGAUUGGCGCAGUACGGAAACUACGUGCUUGGGGUCGUGAAGCUUGGGCGCAGAGGGCGCAGGAACUGGGUGCUCCUCGAAGACCAGCGCCAGAACGUGGAAGAUGGCGAUGGUGCCAGUAAGUGCAAGACAUCGGAAAUGGGCUUUUUCCAAACUUGUAGCGUAGCGUGGGGUGAGUGUAACGUUGACGGAGCUCAGGAUUUGAUCAAAGAGCACUACAAUGACGGUUGUAGGGAUGGAAUGAGAUUUAUAUACCGAAGAGCUCUUCCUCCUCUACCCUUAUUCUUAGCGGGGCGGUCCAAUAAUAUUCUUUUCUUGAACUUUCCGCGCGUGCAACACCUGAUUAUUCCAACUCCCUCGACCAUCGAAGCGCACGCCGCACCGCGCACGAUCAACACACCGCCAACGCCACUGAGAACGAAGUAUGAGCCAGCGCACCCCUUCCUUGGUCAGCCCAGGCUACGAAGCCAUCUCGCCGACAGCGACGACACACGCCCUUCCUCUCCCGCCUCGCCCAGCGGCGUCUUACCUCGACUGAAUCCAGAAGUUUCUGAGCUCGGAAACGUACCACGACAAGAGAUACAUUCAGGAAACCAUCAGCUGGUAUCGGGAAAGCGUAAGUUUUGUCGCCAUGCGCCUGCCCCUCUGACACUGACAUGCACGCACAGGACAGCGGGUCGGAAACUCGGCGACGGCGCUGCGCAACACAAUGUCGAGCUGGACUUCUUGAGCGGCGUGGGACUCAGUGAUGCUGAGAUCAGCGCUGUUCGUGUGGAGAGAGGGCUGGCGCAGAACAGGGCUGGCGGAAACCAUUCCAGAGCAUCGUCGAGAAGAGGAUCGAGGCCGAAGUUUCUCAAGAGCAAGGUCGAGAAAGAGGAGGUCGAUGUCAGGGUAGGUGCAUUGAAGACAGUGUCUGUAAAGAAGGGGGAGAUGGUCAAGGUUAAGGUAGGGAAUCAGGUCACAUCAGAGGUCGAGAUGCGUAUACAUCUCAAGCAAGAGGUGGAUGAGAAGGCGGAGGUGGGCAAGUCGGCGGGACAAGAGGAGAAGUCUCCCGUAUACCUCAAGCAAGAGGACAGCAGAAAUCCCUCGUGCUUCGGAACGAGGAGAGUGAGGCACUGCCUUCUUCUUGGAUGGAUGGAUACCACUUCACGGGUGGCUGGCGGCAAAUCAUUCGCGGCCUCUUCCUGCCAACAUAGGAACCAGCAGGGACGUAAACCGAGCUGCAUGGCGCUGCUCUAUUUGCAUGAUUGGGUGGUCUGCGAAACAGCCCGUACACGUCUUCAAAUGUCACGUUUCCAGCCUCAGUCCUACUGGCCGAGGAGAAUGCGAGCAGUUCAAGCUGUUUCGACCUCCUCACUCCUCUCAGCCAUUCAUUCUCAGAUAAUCAAUCCAUGCUUCUCAGAUCAAAACAAUUUUCAUCAAUCCCCACGAAAGCGCGCCAGCUCACACACACCUUUCUCGUCGUUGUACUGUCAAACCCAUAGAGUUCGAGCUGAAAGUAGCGCAGGGCCUCGAAUAUACGUCUUGCUUCUGCCCUCAUCAUCAAAACUUCACCUCGUCUUGCCUUUUCUUAGAGAUCAAAAGCAGCCUGCUUUCUCACCACUACCACGAGGAAAGAAAGUAGUAGCAGGAUGUGGUUUGAGCCAGUACAUCUUUUCUCUCAAGCCCAAUCACUCCCAGUUGGCAUGUUUUGACGGAUUCCUAUUGAAUCGGAUCAGUGGCUUGAUGUGGGUGGAAGACGAGCUCCGAUGCGAUCGUCAAGGCUUGCUUGUCUACAUCCGCUCGCUGAUGGAAGUGGCUUGUUCCGUCGAGCACGAAGUGUUGGGUGGGGGGAGGCUUCUUGGGUUGGCAGGCUCAAUAUUUUGCUUCUCUGGCCUUCUCGAAGGAACUGAAAUGCAUAGAGGAGGCAGUUUGAUUGCUGGGGAUAGGAGCUCAGCGAGACACGAAGGGUUGGUUGGUUUUGGAAAUGAGCCGCCCGUGUUGGUAGGCUCUAUGAUGUUCUCUGGCCUUCGCGAAGGAUCUGAAAUGCAUAGAGGAGGCAGUUUGAUUGCUGAAGAUGAGAGCUCGGCGAGAGUAGUUCGGACAUGGCUUGUUCCUCACAGCACGUAUGGUUGGUUGGUUUUUGGAAAUAAGUCGCCCGAGUUGGCAGCCUCUAUAGCGUCCUCUGGUCUUCUCAAGGCACCUAAAGCACACGAAGGAGGUAGCUUCGCGCUGAGAGCUCUCUCGCUAUGCUCCGAGGUUGUAGUAUUAGGCAUGCGCAGAUCACUCAUCAAGUUUUCUUCCGAUGUAUGGCGAUAUGGGAAUUUUCCAAAUCUUGAUCCUUGCUGCCUGCUUUUCAUAACAUUCUUCUUGAGGAACUUGAAUCAGGCAGCGGAUUCCUCUCGCGAAUCGCUGCAAGGUCGUAGAGACUGGCAUGAUCGCGCACCGAUGGUAGGCCUUCUCUUCGAAGCUCCAGAUCUCCUCAUUCUCUGCACGUGGUGGCAAAAUGUGUUUCACCGGAUUUUGAUCACUGCUCAUAGUAGUGCCAUAGCAAGCCCAGAGGGCAUGAAGCAAGGUCUUUCCGAAGUUGAGACUGUCUUGGUACUUUUGGAUGCUUAUAUUUGCGAUAAUGCCAAGUCUUGGGACUUCGGGACUAUCUUUGCGAUUCCAACUGCGGACUUUCCGGAGCUCCAGUUGCAUUGCAGACUGUCAAUUGUCAUCCAAGGAACGAUGGCUGGUCUACCUGGCCGACGUGAACGAGUACACACAUGGGUGGCCACACCAUAUCAGUACACAUCCCCGUCGACAGAAGAUGGCCAGUGUUCUUCAGAAGCUUGGGAUAGCCAAAGACGAUGGGUCGAGGAUGCUACAAAGGAGCGGAUGAUGCUCAGAGAGACAGCAUGCUGGAGAAUGAUGCGAUUUGCUUAUACCUGGGAGAGUGUCAUGCAGCUACUUACCACAAAUCGGGGCGCUCCCAAGUCACAACAUCCGACAUGCUUGUUGUUCCUGUCGAGCCGUUCUUCGCGUGUGGCAUGUCGACUGGGCGAUGAUUAUAGCUAG